AUGUUCGAUGACGCACCGCCCGUAAUGCUCAACGAGAAGGACUUCUACGAGACCGUGCGCGUCAUUUUCGGCAACCUGAAAAUCAUGGCUCAUCACCUGCUCGCUGUCGAGAAGUUUCCCUCGACCAAUCCUCUGAGCGCUUUUCUCAAGAAGAACGGCCAACGCAUCCCUCGAAAUCGCGCAGUCACGGAUCUCGAAUUGGCACGAAGAUAUCUGAGUGAGAAAGCCGUACAAACCCUCGUGCUCCUCGUCUCCAAAGACGCAAUCGCACUUCCCCCCCUGUCUCUGAUCCAACCACCGUCCGAGAUCGCGCAACUAAACUCAACGCUGUCACCAAACAUGACGUACUCACACGGCCCCAAAGACCCUCUUAGACUGGUAAACCAAUUCGUCCAACCGCCCAUCGCAGUCAUCUUUCAAGGCUACGGCGAUUCCAUCUCCCGAGGCCUCGCAGACGUCUGUCUCUACAAAGCUCUCGACUACGCCCUGAGCACGCGUGACCAUCCUAUGCUCGCCCCUAUCGAUGUGAGCGAUCUCGAUUAUACCAGCGCGAAUGUAGCGUUGAACUUCCAUCCGGAUAAGGUGGUGAUUUGGGAAGAGUGGAAGAAUGCGCUGUAUCUGAUGCUGGAGUUUGUGGAUGAGUAUGACACGAGGGAGUUUUUUUUCGCGUUGGAGAUUGAUGGGGGGACGAGGAGGGACGAUUGGGAUGUUGUGGAUCCCCAGUCUUUUACAUUUCUUGUUAUCCCUCCACAGCACUUCGAGCACGACUAUAUCUUCCUGUCCGGUUACACGACCUUGGUUACGUUUGCGGUCAUCGCGAUGACACCGCCACUCACCGGGUUCUUUAUGAGGGUUGCCGGCCUUGGCGAUGUUCAUAAGGAGAUUGAGAGGCGGAAGCGGGUGGUGAGGAGGGUUGAAAAGAGUGGACCGCGUGAUCAAAAUCCUUUGGAUGGCCAAGUUGGCCAAUCUUACAGGACUUCGUCUCCCAGCAGGUCAGUCCGUGAUGAUCAACAAAUCACUAAAGGACCACGGUCAUCUGUACGAGAGACCGUUCGAAGCACGGACGGUCCACCACCAUUGCCGAGAGUCCACUGGAAGGAUCUUAGUCGAGACACUUUGGCUGAAUAUAAUUUGGCUUGGACUUGGGAUAACAAUGACAAGGACUAUAUUAUUAUCCAAGAACACCUGACUUGGCGUGAGCUGGAUCUAUUACUCCAGCAUACGGGAUGGCUGCGCGAGCGGAAGGAGCUAAAUCUAGCGCUACGCGAAUCAAAGAAGGAAGUUGAGCAGAUGCAGAAGCUGUGUGAGAGUAAGGCACCAAAAGACCGGAGUGACGUGGGGCGGAAGUCUGAGAAGAGAUGUGAAUGCGAUGCUGAGCGGGCAUCGGCACGUGAUGACCAAAAUCUUGACGGAGGGCAUGCGCAUGUAUCGCAACCUGGAAUACAUAUACAUGUAAACCAGACACAGAACAACCAACCGCCAGCUCCCCAGGAAGCCUCAACUGCACAAACGAUUCCGGAACUACCCUCACCUUCUCACCGCAGCUCUCAAUGUUCAAUGGUCCCAGCAAUGCAUUCCAAACUGACUCGUCCGUGGUCUCCCCAUGACUACACGUCUAUGGAGCGGCCUCGUCAACCUCCGCGUCAAACACAUAGAUCUCGGUCUCGCAGCAGAGCGUCACAAGCACCAGACGAGCUGCCUAGCCCCACGAAGAAGCACCUAGCACCAGAACAACCAGCAGACAGUGGAGGCACAUACCGGCACCAUCGGAGCAUGUCCACUUUGCAUCCCCACCUCGUUCUGAGAGCAUGGCUGGUGAAGAACGCCGGAGACAAGCAGCCGAGAACGUGA